AUGUUCCUAGUACCAUCGCGCAACGGCGGCGAACCGCUUGACGGCAACGAACAUACUACCAUGGUCAGCGUGGCCGCACAGGUCCCGACUGGCUCGCGUGAAACUAGGCGAGAACGUCGGUCGCGCCGGAUGCCCCGACCCCAGCUGCGAGAAACGUUGAUCAUCGAUAGCAAUGGGAAUUCACGGUUGGACGGCAACAGUGAGCUCUUCUACUGCCCCAUGUGCACAACGACGGCGCCCAUCAUCCACAAAUCCAGCUUCGGCUCAUGCGGCCACGCCUUCUGCAACAGCUGUGUAGCCAAGUACAUCGCUGUGAGGCAGCGUGAGAAUGUCGCUCUUCCCGUCGAAUGCCCCGAGUGCGAGGACGACGCCUGCCGCGACCCCUUGCUGAACAGCGAUGGCGAUGGCAAUGAAGAUUCAUCAGCGGACGGCAACGACGUCGGCGACGGUAAGCGCUUCUACUGCGCCAAGUGCAUGCAUGUGGUGCCAUGUGCAUGUAUACGGCGCAGCUUCACCUCGUGCGCCCAUGACUUCUGCUCCAACUGUGUUUCUCGUCGACUGCAAGGACGGCGCGGCGACGGCAAGCACUUCUACUGCACCAAGUGCAUGCACGUCGUGCCAUGUGCAUGUAUACGGCCCAGCUUCACCUCGUGCUCCCAUGAUUUCUGCUCGAGCUGUGUUUCUCGUCAACUGCAAGGACUGCGCCGCCGAGCCGGAAAGAGGCCACAACAUCAGCCCCCCGUGGACAUGUUGCUGUUAACCGAGGGCAACGAAGAUUUGCCGGUCGACGGCGUCGGCGAGCUCUUCGACUGCGCCAUCUGCAUGGAAACGGUGCCCGGCACCCUCAAGUUCAUCAUCAACUCGUGCGGCCACGCCUUCUGCUCCAGCUGCGUCGCCCAGUACGUGGCCGCGAAGCUGGACGACAAUGUCUGUCCCAUCGAAUGCCCGCAGCCAGGCUGCGAGGACGGCACCAUCGAGCCGGAGAGCUGCCACGGCAUCAUCCCCACGGACCUCCUCGACAAGUGGGGUUUGCUACUAUGCGAGCUCGCGGUCGGCGCCAAGAGGAUAUACUGCCCGUACCUAGAGUGCUCGGCGCUCUUGCUCACCGACGGCGAGGCCGGGGCGGCGGCCAUCGCCGAGGCGGAAUGCCCGCACUGCCACCGGCUUUUCUGCGCCCGGUGCGCCGUGCCAUGGCACGACAGCUUCGGGUGCGAGGAGUUCCAGAAGCUCGGGCAGGACGAGCGCGGCCGGGAGGACCUCCUGCUCAGGGGCCUCGUCGGCAGGGAGGGCUGGCAGCGGUGCCCCGAGUGCCAGAUGUUCGUGGAGAAAUCGGAAGGGUGCAAUUACAUCAAGUGCAGGUACGUCCAAUCCAUCAUCCUACGUUCUGCCUGUGGCACAACGGCUUCGGCUGCGAGGAGUUCCAGAAGCUCGGGAAGGACAAGCGUGGCCAGGAGGACCUCCUUCUCAGGCGUCUCGUCGGCAAGGCGGGGUGGCAGCGGUGUCCCAAGGGCCAGAUGUUCGUGGAGAAACUGGAAGGGUGCAAUUACAUCAAAUGCAGGUGUGGAUACAGCUUCUGCCACCGAUGUGCAUCCGAGUUGUGUGUGCAAAACCAUUGCUGCAACAAGUGCAAGCGCUAGUGUUAGAUAA